CGCGAACGUCGUCGUCGCGAUCUAAUGUAGCGCGACAUGGCUACGAUAAAUGUCGACAAGACGUGCUCCGCGUUGCCGAUUUCGCUGCAGGAUCAUCGGGAAACGUCCCUCCUGACUGAUCGUGACGUUAACAAAAUAUUAGAGCGUAAACUCGGCAGUAACUUCCGACUCGUUAGCUGGAGAUUGGAACUCGGCGACUCGAAAGGCUUCCUCGGCCAAUAUUAUCGUUUGCAUAUUACGGCAAAAUGCGACACGGACGGAGACGGGACGCAGAGUUUGCGGUUCUUCGCCAAAACACCACCGCCGCCCAAUAAUCCGCAGUUCGAGUUCCUGAAACGUUACGAUAUAUUCAACAAAGAGAUCGCCGUUUAUACGGAUCUAAUACGGCGUAUGGGUGUGGACGAACCUCCGAAAUGGACAGUGGAGUGCUAUUUCUCCAAACAGAAUGUUAUCAUCGUCUUGGAAGACGCGUCGUUAGACGGCUACGUCACGCCGAAUAAGUACGUACCGUUGGACGAGGAUCACUGCGUUUGGUUACUGAGAACUCUUUCAAAGUUCCACUCGAGGUCCCUGAUAUUGGACGAGAAACUUCGCCUUGAAGGGAACAACCGGACCAUCCUCGAUCUUUACGGACACUUGCUGAACGAGGUUCUCUUCGCUGAUGGAGACGAAAUAUCGAAGAGGAUCCUCUUCUCCAGUACCUUGGGCUUUUACACGAUGGUCGAUUGCAUCGAGAAUUUCGACAAUGAUACUAAAAAUGACAUUAAAUACCGCUUCACCAUGUGGUCGCAAAACAUUUCGCGAUUAUUGGCGCCGUCCGACAGACAUAGAAACGUCAUUUGUCACCGCGACAUUUGGACGAAUAAUAUGAUGUUCCGUCAUGAUCCGGACGGGAACACGAACGGCUGUUAUAUUAUAGACUGGCAAUUUCUCUGCUAUUGUCCACCAGCGAUCGAUUUUGCGUGCUGUAUAUAUCUCACCACCAAUCGAACCACCAGAGAUCAUUAUUUCGAUACUUUUGCCAAACUGUAUCACGAUUCGCUCGCACAAAAUCUGGCGCAAGAAGGCCUCGACAUUGACAAACACCUACCGUGGACGGCGUUUUGCGAAAGUUUCGCGGAGGCGCGAAACAUAGCGCUUGUUUACGCAGCGCUCAAUCUGCAGGUAAUGCUGAUGUCUGACUCGAUAACCAUGCAAUAUUUUGACGAAGUCGACAAACUCGAGCAGGCCUUCUACAGUAACAAGCGAGGGGAAAUCGUGCGACAUCAAUGCGAAGCAGUACCCGCGUAUAAGUCGCGUAUUCUGGAGAUUGUACUCGAAGUUAAAGAUCAUCUGCUCGAACGUCUACCGAAUCCUUAAUUUUGCGGUGAAAAAACGGCGUAUUCGCGUGUCGUUGCUUUACCUACUUUAGCAUCUGAGAGAAAAACUGGAAUCGCGUCAGGGUAAUCUCGUCGUCGGAAUCUUAUUUACGAUUUUCAAUUACUCAUAAGUUUCGAAAACUGUGUGUCAUUCGGAAAGAAUUUUGUUUGCGUUGCUAGUUCGAACAGAGAAUAAUAAUGCGCGCAAUAAAAAAACAUUACGCAAUAGCAAACGUAGACAUAUGCGAAUAUCCGCAUGUCUACGUUUACUAUUGCGUAAUGUUUCUAUUGAGAUUCGAUAAAUGAAUUAUUUAUAAAAUAAUUGCUAAUUUUUUUUCUCACAACUUUUUCUAGAACAUUUACAUUACUUUGUAUGUAAUAAUUAUGUAAACUUCUUAUGUAACAAAUAUCUCCGGAUAGUAAAUAAUAAUUUACGUCAAGAACGGAAAAGAGAUUUCAAAUCUCAAGAUAGUUUGGCAUUAAGAUGUGUAUUGGAUGAGUAAAGAAAUAUUGGAAUUUCUGCUCUUUAGUUAUAAUUGAUGAUGGAGAAACGCUUCUGAUGCAAAUAGAUAUAUAAGAGCAUUUCCAUAGGAAUAUCAUUUCGCUCAUUUUUCAAAUGUCAUCAUUACAUCUCGUUUCUUCUUCGUGAAAAUUUUUCCUUCACCGUGCAUAUUCAUUAGGACGCUAACAAAAUGAGCAAAGUACUACUGUCAUGUUUUUGUUCAAAUGUAUUUUUACCAUUUUUAUUUCUACAAUUAAUAAUACGAUUUAUAUUCACUGUCAAGGAAAAUAAUUGUUUUAUCUUCAUCCCAGUCAUUCGGUCGUCGUCUCAAUCUUUGUUAAAUGCGCGGUCGUCAGAAAAGCUAAUUCUACGAUUAAAACCAUUGUGUGGCGUAGCGCUUUGCAAACUUAAACGAGACCAUCAUUCCGCGUUACGUCAGACGAACUUUGUCAUGAAAAGAAAAAGGAAUUACGCUGCGUAAUAAACUUUAGAACAGUCAGCCGGGGGAGAAAGCGCGAAGAGAAGAAAGUCUCUGGCUCUUGAAAUAAGUCAUGUCACAUUCGUGAAUAGUACAUUUUUUUAUUUGCAUGCAAUAGAAAGUAUUUCAUUUUUUAAUUUCCAAUUUAAUCAU